AGCACAACUUCGUCCGCUCCAACCCGAUAGCCAGGCGCAUAAACACAAGACCGAAUACGUAUAUUGAACGCCGACAGCGUUGUGACUCCCAGAAUGUCGAACCAGGGAUAUUACGGCGACGGGAGCUACCCUCCCCCUCACAGCCAAUAUCCGCCUCAAUAUCCGCCUCAAGACCCGCAACAAGACCGACAACAACAGUAUCUUCGAGCGCAACAGUAUCAACAGUUUCCAAAUCAUCCAUACUCUCCAUCAAACCAAUACGCCACUCAAGGGCACUAUCCCCCUCACCAAGGUCAAGGCCAACCCUACGGCGGUCCCUCUCCCUCACAUUCUCCGUACCCACCACAGCAACAACCCUACGGGGCGCCUCCACAACAAUACGGGUCCGCUUCGCCGUAUCCAGGUCAGCCACCACACGAUCCCCACGCGCCUCAAGGACACUACCCUCCCCAGGGCCAAGCCGGGCAAUACAUGCAGGGCGGUAGUCCUUACCCCCCACAGCAAUACGAUCCAGGCCAUUCGCAGCAACAUGGCGGUCAACAAGGCGAUAGGGGUCUUGGCUCGAUGCUCACCGGCGCGCUAGCAGGCAAGGCUGGCGGCGGCGCGUUAGGUGCUAUUGGCGCCGCUGCUGCGGCACAGUAUCUUGGAGGGAAGGCAAGUCACGGACAACCACUCGGCGGCGGGUCUAAUUUCAUACCCGCCGGCGUUGCUGGCUACGUCGCCGGACACGGAGGCAAGAAACAUAAAAAGGAAAAGAAACACAAGGGACAUAAAGGACACAAGCGCAGCAGCAGCUCUAGUAGCAAUAGUAGCCGGAGCAGUAAGGGUAGCAACAGCAGCUAGAGUGACUGCAGACGGAGGGGCUAGUUAUGAUGGAGUAUUUUCAGAUACAAUUACUUUGUCUCAAGGUGGGUUCCCGCCUUCUUGAUAAUCGUGUAAAGACUGCAAGAUAUUGUACAGAAGC